UUCUUGAGUCUCUAUAACCAGAAGUUGAUUUCCUGCAUUUUCUUGCGGCACUUUGUGAUGAAUCUACUCUCUGCAGAGCGAGGUUUAUUGAGAGAAUAUCAUUAUAGUGUCUAAUGAACUAUUGGUCGCGUCAAAUAUCUCGGAUGAUAAACCUCGAUGACAUCCGUCAGGAUGACGAAUUUCAAGUUUCAACACCGGUUUUGAAAUUCGCCAGGUCCUUUCUUCUCCGUGUAAACAAAAGACCCUUAUAACGGAGCCUACGUUUUGAUGUUCUAAAACCAGAUGUGUGAUCGUCGGUUUGCGAUGAGGUGUCUCUUGUGAAAACGGAAGCCGGCAGAAAAGAACAGAUUUCUUGCCCUUUAGUACGGUAUUAGAUAUUUGACACAUGCAAUAAAUACAUAUCCUUUAUUGCAGUCUACCCAGAUUGUUGACUUGUACAAAACCAAAACAACCUGUUUGCUGUGCGAAUCACGAUGCACAAACAUACAGCAUCUACCAACCACCUGUUGUAAUCGGACGCUCCUAUAUAUUUCUGCACUUAUUUCUAUAACAUUGCAAUGGAAUAUUAUGCAACAUAUAAUGUAGACUUUUAAAAUGAGUCGUUCAGUCUGUUUGGAAUAUUGUAAUGGCUCGGUAGCCACACUAUAUUGUCCACAAUGUUCAGCCGUUUACUGCACUGAUUGUUUUCACCGUGAACAUGAUGGAAACAAGCGUAAAGAAGGACAUCAACCUGUUAAAAAAAUUCCAGAGCUUUGCAAGAAACAUGGCCAUUCUUUGGAGUUUUACGAUCUUACCCAACAAACCAUCGUAUGCCUGCUGUGUGUAAAAGAAGACUUUCCGACGAACCGUUACGAUUUGUUGGAAAACGUCGUUGACACGCGUCAUAAAAGCCGUCUUCGAAAAUGCAUCGACAAAGCUCGGGAAAAGAUGGCUUCCUAUCACGAAGAGGUUUUAAAAAGCUACGAAGAGGAGAAAGAAGCUUUUAUGUCAACAGUACAGAUUUGUAAAUUGGAAAUAACGGCUCAUUUUGAUGCCCUAAGAGAAGCCCUGGCUAAACGAGAGCAGGAAAUGAUUCGCCAUCUUGACGUGACAAGUAAGCUGUUUGUGGUCAAUUCACCAUAUCAUCAAGUGAAGGAGAGGUGUAUCAAGUUGCAAUCUGCCAUUGAAGAAGGUGAACAGCUGUUAAAUGACGAGCCAGAGAAGGUAGCACGUGAACAACCCAACUACAUGGCUCGCAUUCAAAGUGCUACAAAAUCACUGAUAAAAAACCCGGAAGAACUGAAUCUGCCAACAGUUAGUGUAGAGUUUGACAAUUCCUUGUCAUCUCUUAUUCCAAAACAUGGAGAAUUAUUGGAAGGCGAAAAUGGACUCGACGAUUGCUGUUGUUGUUUCUGUUGCUGUUGGUUGCGAGACAAAAUGGGAUUAAGUGGAAACUACCAGGACCAGAAAACCAAAGCUUACGAUGAGAAAGCAGUAAAACCAUAUUCAGCGCUUUAUAAAUUUCUUUACUUUUCGCUUAAAUAAUACUACUGAAUGCGUCGAGGUUUUACAAUGAGUGAACUUUUAUAAACCGUUCAGUGCUCGAAUUAUUUUGGCACGUAGCUACGUAUACACAGCAAUCGAUAGAAAUCUAGACUAUUGAAAAAUAUCUCUUAUCUGUUCAGGGUUUGAAGGCCUUUGGCCUGAAGUAGUGGAAGGUGUAAACGCUUGAUGUGUAUUCUUGUGCCCAUUUGGUUGUUAUAGUGACUUUAUUUAGAUGCAAAUCUAACGCUACGUCAUCACGGCACAAACCACUAAAUUUUAAUGUGGAAUUAAAAUAAAACAUCGGACAGUUGAAUAUUUAAUUGUAACAUGAACCGUUGAAAUAAAACCGAAA